AUGGAAAGAAAUUUAUAUGAUUGGUUAAUUCUAAAAGGAAGAGAAGAUUGGAUUUUAGAAUUUAUUAAUAAUUUAUCAGAUAAUGGUUUUCAUAUUACUUUAAAUUCCAUUGUUAAUUAUAUUAAAUCUCAACAAAGAAAUUAUAAAGAUGGUGGUAGUAGUAGUAGUUGUUGUUGUGGUGGUGAUGGUGAUAGUGCAACAAAUAAAUAUCUUUUAUUACAAAAACAAUUAGAAGAAAUAAUUUCAUAUAAUAAUAAUUCAGAAUUUAUAUAUUGUCGCCAACAUGAUAGAAUAACAAAUACAAUGAUUGAAUUAUAUGAUAGUAAAUUACUAUCAUUAAAAGGGACUCAUGAUCAAUUAAAUAGCAAACCAUUUAUUACUUGUUUAAAUAUAAUAAGAAAUAAUAAAAUAUUAUUAAUAAAAAAUGAACAACAACAACAACAACAACAACAACAACAACAACAACAACAAGAAAAUAAUAGUUUUAAUUUAAUUUAUAAUAAUGAACAAAGUGGUGAAUUAUUUUUAAAGAAAAUUUGGAGAAAUCAUUUUUUAAAGAAUGAAAUCAUUUUUUAUUUAUCAAUUUUUAAAACUCAUAGAUUUAAAAUGUCAUUUAAAUCAAUUAAAGAAUUGGAGCAAUAUAAAUUUAAGAAUUUUUUAGAUCACAUUCAAAUAUCAAUACCAAUAAAAAAUUCACUAUAUAAUAAAGAAGAAGUGAAUAAUAAUGAAAAUGAAAAUCUAAAUGAAAAUGAACUAUUUAUAAAUUAUUUAGAGAAUAAUAAAUUACCAAAUUCAAUUAGAAAAUUACAAAUUAAUAAUUAUUCUACAAAAAGACCAAUAAUAAAUUAUUGGUAUUCAAUUGAAAAUAGAUAUAAAUAUUAUCAAUACACACAAUUUAUUAAACCAUCGUCAAUACCAUCAUCGAUUACUUAUUUAGAUUUUAGUGUUGACGAUUAUGAUAUAAAUAAAAUUCAAACAGUUGGUGUAAAAUUUAUAGAUUAUAAUUUCCCAAUUUUAAAAAAUGAUUUAUUUAAAACAGUUAAUGGAAAUGGAAAUGAAAAUGAAAAUGAAAAUGUAUAUAAAAAAUUAAUAUUCACCAAUUUCGAUUCAGUAAUUAAUGUUGGUGUUAUUCCAGAAGGUAUAGAAUAUAUUGAUUAUACUACAUCAUGGGACCCAGAGAAUGGUUUGUUAUAUUCAAAUCAAUUUCCAAAGUCAUUGAAAACAUUGGUUUUUGAAAGAACAUUUUCUGAUAUUCCAGAAGUAACUUUUAAAAAAGAGAAUUUAAAAUGUAAAAAUCAAACAUUACCAACUUCAUUAACUUUUUUAUAUUAUGAACCAAAUUAUAUUAUUGAACCUCGCUUUUUUCCACAAUCAAUUACAAUUUUAAAAUUAGGGAAAACUCAAUAUAUCUAUGCAAAAGAUACCUUUAAAGUUGGUGUUUUACCAUCACAAUUGAUAGAAUUAGAUCUUGGUGGUUAUUAUAAUGAAAUUGAAGAAAAUGUUUUACCAUCAACUUUAAAAUCAUUAACAUUAAGCCAAAGUUAUAAUAGAGUAAUCAAACCAGGCUGUUUACCCGACUCAUUAGAAUAUCUUUCAUUUCAUGGCGACGAUGGCUCUCCAACAACACCACCACUACCACCACCAGAUAAUAAUUAUUUAACAAAAGUUUGGUCAUUUUUAACUUUUAAUAAACUAUCAACAACAACAACAACUGGUUGUUUAAUUGAAGGAUCAAUACCAACUAGUUUAAAAACAUUAAAACUAUCAUCGUAUCAAUCAUUUUUAGAUAUUUUAGUACCAAAUGUAAUAACACAAUCACAUAAAUCUCUUUAUAAAAUAUCAAUUAUUCAAAAUGAAUAUUAUGAAAAUCAAACUCUGUUAUCAUUUGAAGAGAUGAUAUUAAAAUUUAAUAAUUGGAAAUUAUUAAAUUUCAAAUUACCAUCAAAUGUAAAAAUCAUUAAAUUCAAUACCAAUUUUUAUCCUGAAUUUUUAGAAAAUGAUUCUUCUUUACCAUUCACACAUUUUAAAACAAAUUCAAUGUCUAAAAUUAAAUUAUUACCUGAAACUUUAAAAUCAAUUUCAUUUCAAGGUGCAAAUUCCAAUAAUUUUAAAAUUCCAACAAUUAAUUAUCCAAACUCUUUAAAAACUCUUUACAUUUGUCCAAUAAGUGAUAUACCAAAUAAUUCAAUACAUCCAUUACCAAACUCUUUAACUCAUUUAGAUUUAUGUUAUAACUUUAAAUCUUUAAAUCUUAGUCACUAUAUUUUAAAAGAUAAUUUACAAAAUCUAAAAUCUUUAAAAAUAUUAGCUUUACCAUCUUCCUUUAAAGAAGAAUUAAAUAUUGAUUUAAAUUUCCCAAAUUUAGAAAUUUUAAUUGUUGCUUAUUCAAAUCCAAUAAUAAUUUUAUCAUCAUCUUCUUCGUCAUCAUCAUCAUCAUCAUCAUCAUCAUCAUCAUCAUCAUCAUCAUCAUCAUCAUCAUCAUCAUCAUCAUCAUCAUCAUCAUCAUCAUCAUCAUCAUCAUCAUCAUCAUCACCACUAUCAUCCUAUUCAUUACCACAGUCAAAAAACUCUUUGAAAUUAAGAGAAAUUAUUGUUUUUAAUAUUAACUAUAAAUUUAUUGAUAAUAAUCUCCAACUGUAUCAUCUAAUUAAAAUUUGUGAUCAUAGGAAAACUUUAAAAAAAUUAUUGAAAACAAUAAUAUAA